CACCUUUCCCCAAAGAAACUUGAAAAGGCGGGCGAAGCUAUUGAACCCGAAAUAUGCAGGGGAGGCCGACGAGGCAUGGUCGGAAUAUCUUCUUCUUAGUUGUCUUUCCCGCUUCAUUUCCGAAACUUUAGACUGCGUUCCGGUAUUAAGGUUAGGAAAGGCGAUCCCGACCGUCGGAAACAGGUCGAGGCUUUUUGUCAAGGGAGGGCUCAUCUCGCCGGUGUCCCCCUCUGCGAUCUGACCGAGCGAAGGACUUGGACGCGCCGGGCGCUCGCGUCACCCAUUGUUUACAAACCAACCGCAGCCGCAACAACGGCGUUGAAGGACUCGGGAGUGGGGCGAGGAGGGAGGGAGAGAGAGGAGGCGGGCGCCUCAUUGGUAGUUGCCGACGCCGUCGCUGCGGUAGCAGCCACGGGAGGAGCGAGCGCCGAGCCGAGUGGGGAAAGCGACCGGCCGGCUGCCAUGCCUUGCCGGCGGCCGGGCAGCGAGCGUUUCUUGCUGCUGGAGCGCGCCGCCGUGUCUCUGCCGAGCGGGCCCGUCGUCGGGGCGAGCAGCGGUUCCAAAGAGGUGGACGCCUUGGUGGCCAAGCUGGGCGAGGUGCUGCAGCUGAACGCCCAGCACCGGGCACCGCCGCCUGCUGCUGCUGCUGCGGCCGCCGCCGCCGCCCCUUCCUUCCUCCUCCCUCCGAAGCAUCACAGCCGGGACCGAGCGGCUCCCUACUCGUCCCCGAGGGGGCUCGGCUUCUUAGCCUCCCUCCACCGCCACCCUCCGCGACACGCGUCUCCCCACCCGUCGUUGGUGCUCCUGCCGCCGCCUCCCCCGUCGCCGCCCGUCACGGACCCGAAAGGAGGCAGCCCGCGGGUGGCCAAGCAGCUGUGCGGCCGGGGCUGGUUGCGGAGCGCCGCCCGGGCGGGGGGAGGAAAGAAGCGGCACCACUACCACCACCACCAUCAUCCUCCCCACCGCUUGCUGACGGCGGGCGACGACGAGGAAGAAGACGAGGACGACGACCCGCACCGGCUCCUGCAGCAGCUCAUCCUCUCCGGCAACCUCAUCAAGGAGGCCGUCCGGCGGUUGCAACUGGCGGCCACCACCGUGGCCGCGGCGUCGGAGACGUCGACCACGGGCUCCCCGGGCUCGGCCUCCUCCACCGGGAGCUGCUGCCACAGCAGCGGCGGCGAAGAAGGAGACUCGGUCCCCCCUGCCGCCUUCGCCGUCUCGCCUUUGCAAGCCUUGCCCUAACCCCGCCGAGACGCGGCCGGCGGCCCCCCCCCCCGUCACCGCCGCCGCCGCCCCCCCAGGAAGCCAUGAGGAACCGGGGAGGGGGGGGAAAGAAAGCGAGGCUCCAUCUCUCCUCUCCUGCCCUCUUCCUGCGCUCACAGACCGGCCGAGGCAGCUGCGGGAGGGGGGGCCGCAGACGGGAGGGCGACCGCAAAUCCCCCCGAGACCGGAUUAUCAAGGCAGCGCCAUCUAUACUUGAAAGCAGGCCAGGCUGAUGCUCUCGGGGCGAGGAGGACCCUGAACGAUGAUGGUUGCCGGCUGGUCCGUCACAGGCUGUUGAGGGGAAAAAAAUCCUGGUGCUAGGCAGCCUCGAGUGGCUGCCCUCCAGCCCCGCUCUCGCUCGCCCAUUAACCCCGCUAGUGACCCAGUCAGGAUGACCCGAAUCGACCGAGGGAUUUGGCGGUCGUCUGGACUCGAGACGCGGAGGCCCCGUCUGCCGGGGAAGCGUCAGAAAGGGACCACCCUGCACCGCAUUGUCUAGGUGGAGGACAAGAGUGUGUCAAGAGACGUCUCCUGCGCGCACCGAUCUGUUACUUGGGAGGAGGGGGCGCGCGCGUGUGUGUCUGUAUGUGUUUCAGUGAAGGCAUGUCAAUGUCGGGAUUGCAACGGGCUGGAGAUCGCCGGAGGCCGCGCACGACUGAAUGAAACCCGCCCACAGAAAUCGGUGGCACGAGCUGCGCCCUUCCCGGUUCCUUGCCAAGGUCACCCGCCGCCUCCCGCGCCCCGACCCACCCAGCCAGCAACCCGGCUUUAUCAUCUCCCAUCCAGGCUCUGUUUUGUUCUCGUGCCUCCCCAGGCGGUUGGAAAUCGUAAUCCUAUCCCUGCUUGUUUUGACUGGGCUGUGGGCGAAGCCGGUGUGUUUUGUAACGGCUGGGAGUCUCCUGAGGACGUGCACGUUGCCCGAUCCAAGUUGUUGUGGUUUUUUUUUGCCUCCGUUCCCCCCCCUCCUUCCCCGCCAUGCUUCACGGCCGCUUCUUUCCAAGAGUUCCUCCUGCCGCUACAAACGGGAUUCUCAGAAAAAGGGUCAGAUUACAGCUGCCUUUCUAAGAAAUCUCCCUCCCACCCCCGCCGCUUGGGUUACUGUCCCUACUCCCCCCUGGCUAAUUCUCUGGGGUUCUCUCCAUGCAAAGACUAUUACGUAGAUUAGGUUGGUCUCUUCUGCACACUCCCUUCCUCAUAUUGACAGCCAUUCCCUUUGCAAAGGAAUCCUCCUCCGUAGAAGAAAAGGAGUAAAAAUUUAUCUCUGUUUCUGAUUUGCCUCAGAAUGAUGCAUCUGGAGACCCCCCCUUCCUUCCUCCCACUUCUUCAUGUUGGGGUUUCCAAGCUGAUCAUUGCUUUAUGCAAAUCCUUGUUGGGGUCUAUAUGAAGCAAUUUUAAAAUGUGAAUAUUACAGCUGGUAAGCAACUGACUUCAGAUGAAAUGUAAUGAAAGAUUGAAGUGAUAGAGGUACAUUGUCUUCAGAAGGUAACUGAACAGGAGUUUAAUAAAGCUACACACAAAAACCUCAAUAGCUCAAUCAGCAGACAUAGCUGUUGACAUAUAUAUAAAUAUACACUUCGUAACGGAGUGUUGGAGUUGUGUUCCUGUUUUUCAGGGUUUGUCUUUAAUAUGUAUGUAUUGAAUAAAUGUGAUAGACUUUUUUAUGAAUGAGAAA